AUGGCAGGUAUGCUCCUUUUUACGUUGAGUACACGUUGGUUGCUGAUAUCCUUUAAGUGGGUCGAAUUACACUUGGAUACUGUACUAAGCAAUGCCAUGUAGUAUCAAGAGAAUGUAGGUUAUAAUAAUGUUUUGCUAUAGUUGUUCAGUAGGUUCUUCAAGCAUGGGGUGGAUGGGAAAGUGAACUGCAGUAUUGCAAUUUGCAAGCAGCUGCCUGGUAAAUAUGUUUUCAGUAACUCUGCUCCGAAUCAAGUCUACUAUAUGCUAUUCCGUUUUGGACUUUACACGUCCAUUAGAGGGUUCCAUGGUUCAGCCUGGCGCAAUUUCAUCAACCGCAAUCUCCAUGCUGCUGAUGACGGUGGAGGCCGUCUCUUCCUCCCGGCUUGGCUGGCGGCACGCAGGAGGACAUCGGUACUGCAUUCUGCAUCCCGAGUUGGAGACCGGGGCUUCGCCUUCGCUGUCCGCCUCCGCGACGCCACAACAGUGAAGAUGCUCAAGUCAGUGCUGUCGCCAGAGAAAGUCAAGGUCUCAGCGGCCUCGGCGCACGGGAGCCUUGCAGGCGGCAUGAGGCGCGUCGAGGAGCAGGGCAUUUUCGGAUGUGACGAGGAGGUCAUCCCCACCGGAGCUCCACCCUGCAAUCCUCCCCCCCUGGCCGAGCUCCCCCCUUACCGACGGUCGUGGCCUGAGUCGGGUACUACUCCGAAUGCCUUCCCGCCGCGCCCCUGCUCUGGCUUCUCUGCCACACUUCCUCAUCAUAAGUUGUCCUGCCCCUGAGGCGGUGGCUGUGGCAGGUGGGCGGCGUCGUGUCAGCACGUCGAGAGGUUGGACAGGUGGCCAUCAUCACCCGUGCUAAUCUGUGCAGGAAAAGGUCUAUCCUCGGCGAUGGCCCGUCACUGGUUGCAGCGGAGGUGGACAUGGCCAAGGCGAGAGGUUCUUCCCUCGCGCCUGUCUGUUGCAGACGCUGCCAUCGGCCGCUCACCACCUCUGUAUGUUGCUAUGGAUGAUGCUCCCCUCCACUCAUCUUUUUAAUUUCUCAGUCUUUAUUUUCUCUUUUCAGUUCAUUCAAUUCAAGAAUCCACGGUCUAGGUUAGGAAAGCCCCAUGCCUGAUUGCUGAGGAGUACAUCGCAAUCGCCUCGGCAAACGACACCACUGGCGCGUGGCACCGGGAGCCAGCGUGGACGUGCAGAGCUUCCUGUGAUAAGAAUUAGUACUCAAGUUGUUGCUUAAAUUAAUAACAAGGAAACUGCCUUCUGCUUGGAAUGUUCAGACAAAAUCACUUAUAAUGGUGCAUGACUGGUUUAAAUAUAUAUUCUUCUGGAGCAAAGCAAGUGUUAUGGAUAGUUCAUCUUGGUCUGGAUACAGAUGUUUAAGUUAUAAUUCACAAACAAAAGUAACUUAGUAAGACGGUGACCAUUGCCGGUUAAGACUGGCCAAUUUGUUUUUAUGUGUUUGCCUGUUGGUUCAUGUCCUGGGUCACAUUGAAAUUAAAUCCACCGUUUGCUCGCAUAUUUUAUAAUGUGAUAUUUCGGACUGUGGGAGAAUUUUUUCCACCAUCUUUAUUGCAUUUUUGACACGGAAAAUUCAGUAUUUUAGAGCUUUACAGAUCAACAAGAAGCUCAGGGGUAAAACACUCAACCCAUCUACUGUAUGCCUGUUGAGAGAUCUACUUUGCUUCUUUUGCAUAUCAGGUUUCUGUUGUCGUUGUUGUCAUAGAGGUUUGUACUAUACCAAACUAUUUGCAGGCAGGUUAAUCUCUAUCUUGAGGCAUGGUAUGUGUCUCCAUUCCCUUAAACAAACAUCCUUUUGUUGUUUUCUAGAAUUGCUAAACAAGUGAGCAGUACCUUCAGCAGCCGCCGCCCACGGCGGUCGAAAGAUCCGGAAGCCUCCGAAGAUUGAAUGUGCUCCCAAGAAGGCAACAGAAUAUAAGCAGUGCAUCUCCUGCAGAGUAUACCAUCGAGAUUUGCACAUACAUUAGAAUAUCUAUUACCAUAUCUCUAUACAUAUUAUAUGUUGAGAUAAAUACUGAACAAUACAGUAAGAGAAAAUUAGUAUCUAUAUACCUAGAAAAUAUUGGCCAUGUCCUCACAGGAUCGCUUUAAUUUUUUGUCAGUCUUUGCUUCCUCUUUUAGUUCUCAAAAGGUGAAUAUUUCCUGCUGGAAUUAAUGCAUCAAAAUCUUGCCUGCCUUUGCAUUAAGUUCUCUUUUAAACUGUUAGAUUUUAUUUACCAGGGCGAGUUGAGAUUUUUUUACUGAUUACCAAAUAGAAAUUGCCACUUACAAUUCAUACUGUUCUGUUUAAAGUAAUUUAUUCUGUGCUGCAGAU